AUGAGAGACGAUCGUUCACGCACCUGGGGCUUGUAUAAAGUGAGCUACCGCACGCCCAGCGGAGCGCGGUUCCGCGGGUUUUCCUUCCCCGGAUUCCGCUUUGAAAUACACUACUACUUCCUCCCGCACCUCAUGCGCUCCGCUAUGGGCUAUAACGAGAACGGUAAAAAGGGCAACCACGGAUAUCAGAUCGACGUGGACGUUAUCGAUCCAGAUCUGCUCCACGUCAUCCCCGCGUAUCACGGGAUUAUAUUCCACUCCAUGGCCUGGUGGAUGCAAAACGUUCCGGGAAGGAGCAAGAAGAACAGCUACUUCCGCGGCGGGAAGCUGAUCGACGUAUCCGACAUGGACGCGUAUCGCGAGGCGAUGCACAAUCUCGGGCAGCACCUGAAAAAUAUCGACUACCCGGGCGUGCCGUAUUUCGUCUCUUCCUCCCCGAAGCACUACAACCCGCCGGCAAAUUCCACCAAGGCCGGCGCGUGCGGCGCAACGUCCGUGGUUAAAUCCGCCGUCGCGCAGCUAUACCCGACCACGCAGGAAACUGAAAACUUCUACGCGAUGCAGAAGCUGUCGUUAACGGGUACGGGCAGCCCGAUGCGCCUCUUGCACGUGACGCGGCUCAGCGCGGUCCGGCCCGACGCGCACCUCGGUCUGUGGAGCGACGACAUCGUGCGGAACCCGGAAUUUAAGGAUCUGACGAAGCGCAUGGCGAAAUGGCCCGGGGAUUGCACGCACUGGUGCCUGCCAGGCGUGCCCGACGCGUGGGUCGAUCUUUAUUAUACCAACGCGCUUCUAGAACCGACGUUUGUCCAGCUCGCUAACGCGCCGCCCGCUCCAUCCACGGCGGGAGGCAAGAACGGGAGCAAGGGGGACGGGAGCAAGGGGGGCGGGGAGCAGCGGAAUCCGCAGCAAGGCGGAAGCGGAGCGGGCGGAGGAGCGGGCGGAACAGGGGGGAGUGCAGGGGGAGGAGGGGGAGGAGUGGGAGAAACAGGGGAUGGAGGUGGGGUGACACCUCCUGCAGUCAACCCACCUGUCAACCCACCUGUUAAAUCACCUGUCAAACCACCUGCAGCCAAAACCCCUGUGGUAAAUCCACCUGUAGUGAAGCCUCCUGCAGCCAAACCCCCUGUAGUGAAUCCACCUGUAGUCAAGCCACCCGCUGUCAAGCCACCUGCAGUCACACCCCCUGUAGUCAAUCCACCAAUGCUCAAGCCGCCAGUUAAACCACCUGCAACCAAACCUCCUGCAGUCACCUCCCCUACAACCAAGCCUCCUGUAGUGAGCCCACCUGCAGUCAAGUCUCCUGUAACCAAACCCCCUGUGGUGAACCCACCCGUAGCCAAGUCUCCUGCAGUCAAGCCACCCGUUGUCAAGCCUCCUGCAGUCACCCCCCCUACAACCAAGCCUCUAGUGAAGCCACCAGCAGUGAAACCGCCCGUUGUGAAACCCCCAGCAGCAAAGGCUCCAACUGUCAAACCGCCUGGUGUCAAGCCGCCAUUGGUUCGCCCCCCCGUCACUUCCCCAGCUCCAAAAACACCAGUGAAAGCACCUGUAGGUCCGAAAACACCUGGAGCAGCACCUACCGUCCCCAAGCCUCCGUUGAAAGCACCUGCAGGUGGAAACCCACCACAGAUUGUAACACCUGGUGGUGUGGUGGUCUCUCCUGGCCUAGUGCAGGCUCCAGGAGGGAAAAUAGGUGUUGUGGGAAGGUGGGGAGCAGGAGCAAGGGGAGGAGGAGGAGGAAGCGGAGGAGGAGCGGGAGGAGGCACAGGGCAGAGUGGAGGACAAGAACAGGUUACUAGAAGCAUAUAA